AAUACAGUUGUUUUAAUCUCUUUUUAUCUUUCUUUAAUCUGUUAAUCGAUUUUUUGUCUGUUAAUCAAUUGUAUUAUAUGCUCACAGUAAUAACAUAAAAUCGCUAUUUCCUGAUUAACUAUUAGGCAAUCGUUUGUGAAAUAUCUGUGAUAUUUAACGUUAGCCAGCAUAAUUUGUUUCUUUUCCAUCUUUCAUUUAAAAAAAUGAGUUUUAUUCUAAAAAAAUGCAUUUUAAAUAACCAAAUGGCAUCAAUAUCUUUAAAAUAUUUUUCAACAUCCUCAACUCUUUCAAAGCGGACAACGCUUCUUAAGCAAAUGCUGCAUUCAAACGAACUUGAAUUUAUAAUGGAAGCACACACAGGGUUAGCUGCAAAAAUUGUAGAAGAAGCUGGCUUUAAAGGCAUUUGGGGUAGUGGAUUAUCUAUUUCUGCGUCAAUGGGAGUGCGUGAUAGUAAUGAAGCAUCAUGGACACAAGUGUUAGACCAGUUAGAAUAUAUGACAGAUGCAUCAUCACUUCCUAUAUUACUAGAUGCUGAUACUGGUUAUGGUAAUUUUAACAAUGCUAGAAGGUUAGUGCGAAAAUUAGAACAGCGAGGUGUAGCUGGAGCAUGUCUUGAAGACAAAUUGUUUCCAAAAACAAACUCUUUAUUAGAUGGACGAGCUCAGCCAUUAGCAGAUAUGGAGGAGUUUGCUUUAAAAAUUAAAGCAUGCAAAGAUAGCCAACGAGAUCCUGAUUUCUGCAUUGUUGCUCGUGUUGAGGCUUUUAUAGCUGGCUGGGGAUUAGAAGAAGCAUUAAAGAGAUCACAUGCUUAUGCAGAUGCUGGUGCAGAUGCUAUAUUGAUGCACAGUAAGAAAAAAGACCCUUCAGAAAUUAAAGCUUUUAUGAAGGAAUGGAAAAAUAAAAUUCCUGUUGUGAUUGUUCCAACAAAUUACUAUACAACACCAACAAACGAGUUUCGUGAGUGGGGGGUAUCCAUGGUCAUAUGGGCUAACCAUAAUAUUCGUGCAUCCAUAAAAGCUAUGCAAGACACGUGCAAUACUAUUUAUAAUGACCAAUCCCUUGUUAAUGUUGAAAGCAAGGUUGUACCAGUCAAAGAAAUUUUUCGACUUCAGAACGAUAAAGAAUUAGUGGAAGCUGAAAAAAUAUAUUUGCCACAAAAAUAAAGAUUUAUUUCAAUAUUAUUACAAAAUGCGCUUA